AUGCUUCAGAUGCUCUGUUUUGUUCGUGGCUAUCCCACUGGUGCUCCCACUGGUGUCUGUGAGGCCAUGUUGCCUUGACAUACUGGGGUGCUGCCUCAGCCUUCACCAGCACCCUACGCUCUCCUCACCAACACACUUUAUGUUUCAACCAGGAAAGUGGUUAUCACUGGACCAGAAUAUAGAGGUGUGCUUCUGGAAGCUCGGACAGACGGCAGCACUAAUGCUCUGGGGAGCUGGCAACUCUCUCCUCCAGACACAAGGUUUCUUCAGUGCACAGGGAAUCCUCAAGGUGCUGUCACUCAUUCCAACACCAACCUAAAGGGCAACACCACUGUAAACAGCUGGAUACCACCACCCAACUCUACAAGCCCUGGCCACAGAGCUCAGCUUCUGGGUUAA